AUGGACGUCCCGACCACCCCGUUCGAGCUCGAGCGCGAGCACCGGGCGUUCUUGAAGAUCGUCCGAGCGGUGUGCGAGUACGACAAGGACGCGAGCGCGCUCUUGGAGCGAUGGCGGCGACGGUUGGGGGGGGCGACAGCGCACGAGACGAUCGGAAAAGCGCUCGAGCGAGUGGAGCGCGUGGGACCGAAGUGCGUGGCGAACAACGCGUCGUUUCUCAGUUCAGCGGUGUGGACGUUCGUCGAUAAUGAGCGCGCGCCGGAUCAUCUCCGGGUGCCUCGAGCGGAGGUGGAGAAGUGGGCGGCGGAUGACGAGUUUCGCGCGGCGCCGGAGGACGCGGAGAAAGUGCGAUACGUGUUGAAGAACGCGUGGAGGGAUUGGAGCGAGGAGGGAAAGUGCGAGCGCGAUCCGGUGUACGAUGAAAUAUUUGAAGCGCUCGAGGAGAGGUUGGGAGCGAUCGAUGCGAGCGUCGGGAGUCCCGACGGCGAGGCCCCGCGCGUGUUGGUUCCAGGGUGCGGACUGGGACGGUUGGUGUACGAGCUCGCGAAGCGCGGGUACGACGCGCAAGGAAACGAGUACAGUUAUUACAUGUUGUUGUUUUCGUCCUUCAUGCUGAACGCGACGUCGAGGAGGGAAGAGUUUGAGAUUCAUCCGUGGUUGCACGUUCGCAGUAACCACCGAGCGGCGGGCGACCAGUGGCGUGGCGCGCACAUCCCAGACGAAGUUCCGGGCGACGCUAAGCUUCCUCCCGGGGCGUGCAUGAGCAUGGCUGCAGGGGACUUCUCGGCGGUGUACAAUUGCGCGAACGAACGAGGGAUGUGGGACGCGGUGGUGACUUGCUUCUUCAUCGACACUGGACACAACGUCGUCGAGUACUUGGAGUGCAUCGCCAAUUGUCUGCGCUCGGGCGGAGUGUGGGUGAACUUCGGACCUCUGCUUUAUCACUGGGAAGAUUACGAGAGCGAGCAGAGCGUCGAGCUCUCUCUGGAGGAGGUGAUCGAAGCGGCGAAGACGUUCGGUUUAGACAUCGAACGCUCGGAGACAAAGAUGGUUGAUUACACGAGCGACCCACGAUCGAUGCAUAGAACGACGUAUUCGUGCGAAUUCAUCGUUGCCACGAAGCGGUGA